CUGGUUUGAGUCUGAACCUGAAGGAGAGCAGAAGGAGCUGUGUGUGUGUGUUUGAGCUCUGUGUGUGUUUGAGCUGUGUGUGUGUGACAGCAUGGCCGCGGGUAUGAAGAAGUUCUACGACCUGUCCGCUAAACUCCUCUCCGGAGAUCUGCUGAACUUCUCCUCUCUGAAGGGGAAAGUAGUGCUGAUAGAGAAUGUAGCGUCUCUCUGAGGCACGACGGUCAGGGACUACACUCAGAUGAACGAGCUCCACGCCAACUACUCGGACAAGGGGCUCGUGAUCCUGGGAGUGCCCUGCAACCAGUUCGGCCACCAGGAGAAUGGCAAGAACGAAGAAAUCCUCAAUUGCCUGAAGUACGUCCGUCCAGGGAACGGCUUCGAGCCUCGCUUCCAGCUGCUGGAGAAGGUCGAAGUAAAUGGUACCAAUGCCCAUCCCCUGUUCGAGUUCCUGAAGGAGAAGCUGCCCUUUCCCAGUGACAACUCCAUGGCCUUGAUGACAGACCCCAAGUUCAUCAUCUGGAGCCCGGUUUGCAGGAAUGACGUCUCGUGGAAUUUUGAGAAGUUUCUGAUUGGUCCAGACGGAGAGCCGUUUAAACGCUACAGCAGGAACUUCUUGACCAGUGACAUCGAGGCCGACAUCAAGGAGCUCCUCAAGAAGGUCAAGUAAACUGGCCUGGCGCUGGGCCUGCUGGGGUUGUGUGGACAGGAGAUAAGGGCAGUAAACAUCUACCCCCGUCCUAUCAUUUCUGGCCACCAGCUCUGUUUGAGAUGGCUCUGUUUUAGUGUGUGUUGGCUGACUUUGCUGACUUGGGUAGAGUGCGACUGUGCUGUAGGCUGUUUACUCUAUGAAGGCGCCUCUUGAAAUCUAUUGUGAGGGGGGUGUCUGAUGAAAAUGUAAAUGUCUGUUGAUAACAGUGGUAAUUUAACUACGUCCAGCAAUGCUCAGCUCUACCGUCCAGCUCUUUUAAACCAAAUAAACAUUCCAUAAUGAAAAAGAA